ACGUCCGCCAGAGUGCCCGCGAUGCUGCCAUGGCUUAUCACCGCCUGCACCAGCUCCACCUCACCGGGAAGCAGGCUGGGGGGCAUCUGUUGGCCAUCAACCUGGCACUGAGCGCUGUCAACCUGGCUGAGUGCGCCGGUGACGCCAUCUCCGUGGCAGCGCUGGCCGAGAUCUACGUGGCGGCUGCCCUGCGGAUCAAGGCCAGCCUGCACCGCUGCUUCCACUUCCUGGCGCGCCCCUUCCUCUGCAGCGCCCGGCGCGUGGCCCUGUCCCACGGCGGGGCCGUGCCCCCUGCCAUGCAGUGGCUCUGCCACCCCUUGGGCCACCGCUUCUUCGUUGACGGGGACUGGGCAGUCAAGGGUGUUCCCAGGGAAACCAUCUACAGCUCUGCCGGCAACCCAGUGGACCCGCUGGCACAGGUGACCCAGCUCUUCCGUGAGCACCUCCUGGAGAAGGCGCUGUGCUGUGUGGCCAUGCCUGAGCCCGGCCGCCCCACUGCCCAGGGAGAGGGGCGGUUCUCCGACGCCCUCGAGUACCUCCAGCUGCUCAAUGGCUGCUCAGAUGUCAGUGGCACACCUGGCCCCACGCCCUCCAUCGCCUCUGGCUUGGCGGCUGUCACAGGCACCGACCCCGUGUCCAAGUGGUGGGCAUCCUUCAUUGGCAUCGUUAUCCACUGGCUGCAGGGAGAUGAGGAGGGGGCUGAGCGCCUCUACCCGCUGGUGGAGACCAUGCCCCGGGCACUGCAGAGCUCUGAGAAGCCCCUUCCCCGUGCUGCCCUGCACUCUUUCCGAGCUGUCCGCGCCUUGCUGAGCAAACAGGAUGGGAGCCAGGCCACCCUGAGCCACUGUGAGAAGGCCAGCAGCUGCCUGCGGGAGAGCCUGGAGCUGGGCAGCCCCUCCAAGGGCACCAUCGACAAG